UAGUGCAAUUCCGGGUUUAUGUAGCUGGGGUUGGAACAUGGCGCUUCCUCUGCUCUUGUUUUUGGAGCUGCUGAUUUACGGAGCUGGCUUCAUUUGUGGGAUUGUCACUGCUGCUCUGGUCACUGUCACUCAGGGGGAAUUUGGUUCCCAGUGCGUCCUCUAUGGCGUGGCCAAGUGGAACGACACGGUGAAAUCCUUGGGAGUCAGCCAGUUCGGCAGCGUCUCGCUCUGCGGCUUCAUCAGUGCCGUCUCGGUGUGCAUCGCCAUCUACUGUUUCUGCACCGUCUUCUACUUCAUCUAUGUCAGCUGCAUUGAGGGGACAAGCCGGGGACUGCGGUGGCUCACGGCCUGCCUGGUGACAUCCGGCGUCUGCCUCUUCCUGCUCCUGGUUUCUGGCUGCCUCCUGCGGGUCGGGCUCGACACCUUCUGCCGGUCUAUCCUCACCGAGCCAGGGAUCAAGAGCUGCUCAGGUGCUGAGAGAAUGAACUGGACAUCUCCGUACAAUGGCUCCACGUUUUACCAAAACUUCACCAGCGCUGAGACCUCGACCUGGGUGAAUUUCAUCUUUUGGAUGGCGGUGUUGGUGCUCCUGAUCGUGCAGCAGAGACGGGUGGACGAUUUCAGGCCCAUGAUGGGGGCUGACACUGAGUGGAGCACGGCUGUGUCCGGGAUCAUGUCCGAGAGUAAACCCUUGAUCCCGUCGGGGCCCCGACAGUAAAACAAAAACCAUUCGAGGAGGCGGGGUGGGGCUGGCUGUGCCAGAGUGGCAUCGUGGGAUGAGCCGCAAGAAUGCUUGUGACAGCGUGUCUGUAUGCGUGUGCGUCUCUGUCUGUCUGUGUGCGUGUGUCUCUGUCUGUGUGUGUCUGCGUAUGUGUAUUUGCCUGUGCGUGCGUGUGUGUAUUUGCCUGUUUGCAUAAGCGUCCACCUCUCUCUCCCACCCAACGGGUCCAGAGCUAUUGACGAAGGGUGGGUGCCCAUGAUUCAAACGUUAGCCGACUGCCCAACUGGGAAUGAGUGCCAGUCAGCACACCGCCUAGCCCAUGCCUGUGUGUGCUGUUUAGUAGUGCCACUGUCUCAUUUAUCAGUACUUUUUUGAAAUGGUUCAACUUCCCACGACCGAGCCUUCAGGCAGGGCAGGCCGUGGUGAUCCUUACCUGACGGAGGUUUGUAACAUGUGCCAUGCCCGGCUCCACCCGAGUGCCACCUUCGGAUCGGUUACAAGGUGUGGGGUGAGGUUUGUUGGAAGCAGCUGAAGACCGGUUUUGAUAGGAUG